AUGUCCGCCAAUUACUGGGAGUCGACACAGAGGCGGCAUUGGCUAUUCACCAAGGAUCAGCUCUCGAUCAUGCGCCAGAAGCUCGACGAUGAUAAUGCAGAUCUAGUUCGCAUGUUUCCCUUGCCGCAACCACGCCAUCUCGCCAUAUAUUUCAACCAGCAACUACUUCGCCUAGCCAAACGCCUGAGUAUCCGGCAACAAGCCAUGGCCACCGCCCAGAUCUAUCUAAAGCGGUUCUACAUCAAGGUCCCCAUCCGAAAUACGAACCCGUACCUCGUCAUCACAACUGCCAUCUAUCUGGCCUGCAAGAUGGAAGAGGCGCCUCAGCAUAUUCGUCUUAUCGUUACGGAAGCAAGGCAACUGUGGCAAGACUUCAUUGGCCUAGAUACAUCCAAGAUUGGAGAAUGCGAAUUCUACAUGAUUAGCGAAAUGAGUUCGCAGCUCAUUGUGCACCAGCCCUACAGAAGCUUGACAUCCCUACGAGCAGAGCUAUCGCUGGUAGAUGAGGAUGUGCAGCUCGCCCGAUCAGUCAUCAACGACUCCUUCAACAGCGACCUGCCGCUGAUUUGUGCACCGCACAUCAUCGCCCUCGUCUCCAUCCUUCUCGCACUGGUCCUGCGCCCGAAUUCAACCGCCCCCGGGCAGGCAGGGGCAGGAUCUGCCGCCGCCGCUGGACUUGCCGCUGCACAAGCUGCGCUCAGCCAAGCGGCGAGUCGUCACAGCCAUGGCAACCCUGAUCCUCCGACGGCUUCCGACUCCAAGGAGAAGCCGCAAGACCCAAGGAUCACCCGAGUGCAGCACUUUGCCGCCUGGCUGGCGGAGGGUAGCGUUGACAUUGCGGCAAUGGUGGACGCCACGCAGGAAAUGAUAUCUCUGUAUGAAUUUUACGAGCAGUACAAUGAGAAGUUGACCCGUGAGCAAAUCAACAGAUUUGUCAAGGCGCGCGGUUUGGACAAGUAA